AUGUGGAACUCCCCGCUUGAUCUCGACACCAACUUCUCGACACCACUUCAAGCUAUGUUCUGGAACGGCGUUUACUAUCCCAAUUGGCGCAUCUAUCGCGACCAAACACCAGCCUCCCUAAACUUCGAUGUUAUUUCUCAUGUUUUCUACGCUUUUGCUUGGGUGAAGCCUGAUGGUGAAGUAUACCUCAGUGAUGAAUGGGCAGAUGCUCAGAUUGACGUCGCUGGCGUCGAUGAUGUUCCAGCAACAAAAGGCUGUCUCAAUUCAUUUGCCUUGUUGAAACGGAAAUAUACGAGGUUGCGGGUAGUGCUUUCUGUCGGUGGUGGCGGUAAGGGCAGCGAGCCGUUUGCAGAAGUGGCUCGAGAUCAAGGCCGCCGUGAACGAUUUGCCCAAACUGCAUUGGGACUGGUACAGAAGUUUGGAAUUGACGGAAUCGACAUCGACUGGGAGCAUCCGGCGGACUCUAAACAAGGCGAAGACUACGUCGCAUUACUGGCGGCUCUCCGAAGGUAUCUGCCUGCUCCACAAUACACUCUAUCUACAGCCCUUCCUGCUGGCGAAUGGGCUCUACAGCACAUCAACCUAGCGCAUGCUUCGAACUAUCUGGACAUGAUCAACCUCAUGGCGUACGACUACUCUGGUCCAUGGGUCGCCAAAUGCGGUCAUCAAGCUCAGCUUUUUACCCCACAGAGACCGCACAGUGCCGAAGCCGCAAUUUCCUGCCACUCUGCAGUCUCGUAUAUGGUACGGCAAGGUGUCCCAGCGAACAAGAUCGUAAUGGGAGUUCCAGCCUAUGGCCGAUCCUUUACUGAAACGCAGGGUGUGGGACACUCGUUCUCAGGAUCAGCAGGAGAAGAGGGCACGUUUGAGUACCGAGACUUGCCGCGCCCUGGUGCGACAGAGCAUGUUGACGAGGCGGUUGGCGCAGCUUACUGUGUAGGUGGCGAUGGAGGGUUUGUCACGUACGACAACCCACAAGUCGUCAAGAUGAAAGCGAACUACGUGCGACAGAACGGGUUAGGUGGGUUAUUCUAUUGGACUGGGACGGGUGACGUGAGCUCUCUUACUCAAAAGGACCGCAGUCUGGUGUACAACGGGUUCUUGGGAUUGUUCCCGCAAUGA